CAGCUGGGUUUUUGCCUUUGGCCUACUGGUUCCUUUCAUUUGGCCACGAUUUGGUGGCAACAGUUUCAUGAAUCGCAGCCGGAAUGCCGACCGUUACGAAUAUUCAUUCAUGGCACGGCAACCACUCUGGGGACCUUGAAUGGGGCUUCGACUUUGAUCCUUCAGUUUCAUCAAAUAUUUAUAAAAUUUCCGAUGAAAAUAUUUGUGCUCAGUUUGCCAAAUCAUUUCCUUGUGCGAAACGGAUACAAAUUUUCCCAGGCCUCGAUGAACGGAAAGUGCAAUUUAUAUUUAUGCAAUGGAAAAGGUUUGAGUAGGUUUGACUCAUAAGGAUUUGGGGAAACCUCAGGGGAAAGACUUUAGAUUCUGCCUAAAAAUUAGGGACUUUAUUGGUAUGAAUGACAAUUUUUAAUGGAAAACUCCCCUUUCACGACUCUAAUAAUAAAUAGUCAUUGAUCGGGUUGGCUUUGGGAUUGUAUAUCAACCAAGCGUAUUUCAACUCGGCUUUAAAAACACUGCUAAGCAUGGAUAGUUCGUGGGGUUCAAUGAUUUCCCUAGAACCACUGGGGGUGACCAACACGCCAUUGGACUGGCCUGGACUUGAUUCGUGUCCUUCGCCAAAAAGAGCCAGGAUUAGUGAAUCCCAGCUUGGGGAAGCCAUAAUCACUGAACAAGCUAGUGUCUAUGAGGAAAAGGCAGCACAUUUCCAUUCCCUGCAAGAGAAGCUCCAACCGUACCAGCCUGGCAUAGUGGCAGUCCAGCCACCGAAACGACUGCCUCCCGAGGCGAAAAACGAUCGCCUGAUGUUCAUUCCCGACCUGGACCAGGCCAUUACCCAUCGGGAUGUGUUCACCUAUUUCAGCAAUUUCGGGGAUUUGGAGAAAGUCAGCGUGAGGAACGGCAGGGGUAACAUAAACUACGCCAUGGUGCUGUUUGGUCGCACUUCUUACAUGGAGCAUGCCAUCGAAUCGAGUCCACAUUUGAUCAAGGGACACCAAUUAAGCUGUCGCAAGGCGAAAGAAAAAAGUACAAUUAAGGGAAGUCGUCAAAACUCUGGGUCCCUUAAUAAGCCAAAGGUCACGAUUUCGCAGCCACUCAAAGCUCCUGUAGGGCAGGCAGAGAAAGAAUUAGAGAAGAAUUCCAAGCCACCAACUAUCAGAUCGUUGCUUCUUCAAAAACUGGUAGAACCCACGGCUUAUAACCCAUUUACCGCCAGAAAAUCUGAUCGAAACUAUGCCUAUGCAUUAACCGAAGACAAUGGAAUCUCCCGCUGGAGCUUCAACUUGUUGGAAUUCGUACCCAGUUUUGACGAGGUGAGGGCACUAGAGAAGGGUCUUUCCAGUUCGGCAAAGCUUCUACUAAGCAUCCGAAAGAAAGUGGAUGCCGUGCCCUACAAGUCUGCCGAUCCACCCGCUCCAAAGAAGCCUCAAACUCCUAGUAAAUCUGUUCCAAAAGUUACUUUUAAGAUAUCUCCACCACCCCCUGCCUCUAGUCCAGUGCUCCCAUCCUUGCCGAGCCUUCUGCCGAUCACUCCCCUAGUGCCUGAGCCCAAACCUGUUCUUCGAAAAGUUUCCAAGUCAGAUCUCCGCUACGCCGUACUAUCCAGUUUGGGUCAGAACUACGUCCAUCACUGCUACACUAAUGUGGCAGCUUAUCGGAGAACCAAGAACUAUGUCGACCUACAGCUCAGCGAGAUGCAAGACCGACCCAGCAUUUCGAAGUUUGUGGAUCAGAUGUACGCACAGAAAAAGUAGGACUUGCCAAAUGCAAAUCAUAUCAUAUAUAUAUCAUAAUUCAUAUAUAAUAUUAGCUAAGCAACAUUUCCCAAGAAACAUCAAAGAUAUAUUACAUAAGUUGGACACUUUCUAAAUUGAGGGAAACCGAAGGAUGUGACGUAGAUUCCUGGAAGAUAUGAAAGGAGCUGCUUGAAUGAAACGUGAACGUAUUACACAAAAAGUUAAUUCCAAUUCAAAGGCACUUGAAUCGCAGCAACCUGUCAACAUAAUUAAUCCCCUGGAUCAGCUGAUGGAGGUACUGCCCCGGCCCGAAUGAUCCACAAAAUAUGAACAAUUCAUAAGGGGCGCGGGAAUGCGAUAAAUGCGAUGAAAUAGGGGGCCUUGAUUUCUGUAGCGGCCUCUGUUCUGCCCGACAUUCCCAAGGAUGUGCCUCCAACAACCUGGCUUUCUUCUUGCUGGGCCGUGUUAAUUGUCCAACAUUGUGAGAUCGCGGACGUGAACAGGUCGGGUGCCAUUAACAACCUUAACAACGAUCCACAGCCACAGCCACGGCGAUCCCACGGCUUGUCGCCUUGUUUCUCGAGCGGUUUUUUAUGCCAUUUACGGAGAAAUCUUGCAACAAAUCAGGAGCUCCCUUUUCCAAACACUACUUGUCUUCCUUUUUGGCCGGCCAUCUCUGUGAACCUGUGACGACGCAAUUCUUUGCCAUUAUCAGCUGCAUCCUUGCAGGUCCUGCACUAGUUGCCCGCUCCCAAAUCCGAUUCAAUUUGGCUUUUAUUGGGAUCUCGGGCAUCCCGAUGCGAUCCUAAUUGCGGUGGCAAUAGCUCGGCGGUUAAUCGCUACGUACCUGCGGCCUAGGCAGUCAAACCCGGCAGUCACUCAUCGCGGCGGAGGCAGAUAUGUAGGUGAGCUGCACAUAUAAAUGGGUAUAUGGUCCUGCAAAUGGAUCGACCUCGAUGAUUUUCACCAGCCAAAUUGCGGCUUUGUGUUGCCUUUUCCCAUUUGCCGGUGGAUACAUUUGGACUGGAUCGUUAUCUGGUUCUCUUUGUGCUUUCAAGGUUUAUGGUCUAGCACACAUAUAUUUCCUGUGAGAACAAAUCCCAGUCCUGAUGACCCCCGUAAACAAACCCGAUGAACAUGGAACAUCCCGACUAACAGCAACAUCGGUGUAUUCCACUAAGUAUUCGAAUUCCCCUUCCCAUUUUUGUGGGGCGAUCGUGUACUCGCGGGCUGAAAAAUCUACAUAAUGACAGGGCCACGCCGAAAACUAGUUCAGAUCGCAAAUUACGAACCGGUAAGGGAUGGGAUGCGAUAUCCAUCCAUACAUGUGUGUGCUGCAGUUCCCAUUCAGGACACUCGGGACAGGACAUCGAGCGCAACGGGAGACGCGGCAGUUGAGGUUCGGCAAAGGUCAUGUCAGGACUUUGCAUAAAAUAUUUGAAAAUGUUUUCAUUAUGGUAAGUAGACACAAAAGUCCAACACACGAGCGAUUCCCACCGAAAGGGGUGUCCUUUCCCAGCCCAUCCUGCGCCCAGGAUCCUGGCAUAUAUUGGUGAUAAAUUAGUUUAAUGUUCGAAGCACCAAACUCGCAAGAAGCACCAAAAAAAAACACUCAACCGCAGCUGAGGCGGCAAAGCUUGGCAGGAAAAUCCGUCCUACCGUUUUUGGCGGCAUUUUCCCGACAUGUACGUGUCCACCGAAAUGAACUCGAGUCCUGGCAACUAAUGAACUGCGCAAACAAUGGCUCAAUGGCUACGCUUUGAGGAAAAAACAACGUAAAAAUCACGUCUUGGAAAUUUUCACAUCGCUGAUCUUAAAUGGAAAAGUACACUUCUCUAGCUGGACAGUGCAGGACAAACAGGAUCGAACAGCGAUCAGGACAUGACACAAUUGCAGUUCGCAGGACAAUUGUUGCACUCACGCACGUGCAAUGUGUUCCUGCAACUCGGUGUCUCUGGAUUUCGAAGUCGAGUGCGCAGAGCCACGCCCAUUGUGUCCCAGUGCCCGACUAUAUAGUACAGUGCGUUUCGUGAAUGAAGCGACCAGAGUUACGAGUUACUUUGAAUAGCAGCGGCGGUGGCAAGUGGAUCAGAUCCUGCGACAAUGGCCUUUGUGUCCUUUGUGUUCCGCCUUGUUGGGGGUGUGCGGUGUUGUUGCAAUUUUAGUGUAAUUUUAUUGUUAUUAAUUGUAUGAAAUGGGUUUUUAAAUGGCCUUUGUCUACGCGAUUGAAUGGCCAUAGUCAUGGUAUAAACGUGUCUUGUUAAAAGCAUGU